AUGGCGCCGCGUCCGCGUCUGAACGUCAACGUGGGCGUGCUCGGACACGUUGAUAGCGGGAAAACAUCCCUCGCGCGAGCGAUCAGCGAACACUUCUCCACGGCGUCGCUCGAUCGAGCGCCACAGAGCGCGCAAAGGGGCAUCACGCUCGAUUUGGGCUUUUCAUCCUUUCUCGCCGAUUUCCCCGAUGGGACGGCGCCGGAGACGUUGGAGGCGUACGACGGGGUGCAGUUUACCUUGGUUGAUUGCCCGGGACACGCGAGUUUGAUCAAGACGGUGCUGGGGGGGGCGAGCAUCAUCGAUUUGAUGAUCUUAGUCGUGGACGCGAACAAGGGCGUGCAGACGCAGACGGCGGAGUGUCUCGUCGUGGGCGAGAUCACGACGGAUCGAUUAGUGGUGGCGAUCAAUAAGAUCGAUGCGUUCGAGGAGAGCGUGCGAGACGAAAAGGUGGGGAAGCUCACGGCGAAGCUUGCGAAUGUGUUCAGUAAGACGAAGUUUAAGGGGUGUGCAAUGCUGCCGGUGAGCGCUAGGCCGGGCGGGGCGGAUUCGCAGGCGUUAAACGAUGGCGGACCCGCGCCGAUUGGGAUUGAAGCGCUGAAAGCGACGCUCAUGGAUGUUAUACCGGAGGUGAAACGCAAGCGCGACGGCGGUGGGGCGUUUUUGUUCGCCGUCGAUCACUGUUUUCCGGUGAAGGGUCAGGGCACGGUGCUCACGGGGACAACGCUUCGAGGCGGGAUCAAGGUUGGGGACACGAUCGAGAUACCGCACCUGAGGUUGGAGAAGAAGAUCAAAUCAAUGCAAAUGUUUAAACGCCCAGUGGAAUCGUGCGCAAGAGGAGAUAGGCUCGGAAUAUGCGUCGCCGGUCUCGAUGCGGAUGUUCUCGAGCGCGGCCUGGUGUGCGAGCCAGGCUCGGUGCCGACAUUCAACGCCGCCGUCGUAAGCGCGAAUAAGAUUCGAUUUUUCAAGAGCGCGAUCAAGUGCGGAUCCAAGUUCCACGUCACGAUCGGGCACACGACGGUGAUGGCGACGGUGACGUUUUUCGGUGACGCUCCGAAGGAUGGACAAGACGCCAUGGCGGACGCCAUGGCGAGCAUAUCCUUGGGAGAGAGCAAGUUCGACAAGUCCAAGGAGUACAAGUAUUGCGCGGAGCUCUUGUCGGAGGUCGAGGCAAAAGAAGCGAGCGAAUACGCCGGGGGGAUCAAUAACGUCUACGACGCGCCGGCGUUCGCGAGGUACGCGCUCUUGGAGUUUGAGCAACCGAUCACCGUACCCACGGAUGAACUGUACAUUGCCUCUCGCUUCGACACCGACAUUCACGCGAACACGUGCCGACUGGCGUUCCACGGCAAACUCCUUCAACACAUGAACACCGAGAAGGACCCAAACGCAUUUCGAGCUCUUCGCGUAUUCAAGAUGAAGUCCAGGGAGGGUUCCAUUGAGCGCGUUCAGGACGCGCGCACUGUCAUCGGCAAGGGAAUGUUUAAAAAGGAAUCAGAUCUGACAUCUUUCAUAGGAAUGAAGGUGUGGACGUCAAACAACGAGUGUGGUGUCAUCGAGGGUGGAUUUGGAAAGAGCGGUAAGUACAAGGUGUACUUCUCGAACGGCAUCAAGGGUGAGGGCGACGGCAAGCUCGUGCUGCGCUUUAAGAAGUACGUCUUCGAACGAGACGCUCCGAAGAUGCAGCAGAUCGGUCUUUAG